AUGAAGGAUGACCAACUCUCAAGGCAGAGACGAUUCUUGCGGCCAUCACCAGCGCGAGCCCCUCUAGAUCUCCAAUCCACUACGCCAGCAGCUCGGGCAACUCCCAAUGCUCCUAUUGCUCUGGAGGCAACGUGGGAAAACACUCAAUUGUUGCUCGACCAAUUCUCCGAUGUGGACCUUGAGGACAAGAGUCCACUGAGAUGGGGGAGUGUUGAUGAGCCGAUAAGGUUGGCCAUGCUACCAAAACCAAUCCCAAAUAUCAGGGAUGAUGAUGGACGUGAGAAGACUGUUGGAGGCAAUUAG